AUGCAAGAACUUCAAGAUGAAACAAAUGAUAUUGAUGUUGCUUCAGAGAAUUCAAAAUAUGUUGAAGAAGAAGUAUCUAAACUUGUAUUUAUUAGUAAACAAUUAUUUUCAAUUGUAGUUAAUUCAUCAAGUCAUACAAGUACAUACACAAAAAGUCCAACUAUUAAUAUGAAUACGAAUAAUGAAGUAUCAGUUAAUGUAAAGUCUAGUACAAAUCAAAUGAUCAAAGAAACUAAUAGUUCUGAUAAAGAAAUAGAAUCUGAGCUUAUUUUAGAUAAAUCAGAUUGUACUCAAGUUGUUAAUGAGUAG